AUGGUCGGCUACACCACCUACAAGGACCUACCCUACACCUCCACCAGCUGCAAGAGGCAGGCGUUCGACUUGUACAUCCCCUCCUCUUCAACGACGAAGCCGUCCUCGUCCUCCGGCUCGCCCCCGCCGCUUUGUGUCUUUAUCCAUGGUCAGUCGCCUGUCAUUCCAAGUUCACGAGAGCUUCCAGCCGCUCAGUCUGGACACUGUUCUUGCCCACAGGUGGUGCAUGGCGAACGGGUACGUCAAACUUCGUGCGAACGAGAACGAAUUCAACCAUCGUGCUCCUGUCUUAGUAGACUUGCCGAAAUCGAUCAAGCGCUCAUGCCCGACUCAACCUCCACCAGAAUCCAAAGAGCAGUGGGCCGAAUCUUUGAUGCCUCACAUCGUACGAAGCCUCGGUAUUCCCGCCGCAUGCCUCGACUACCGCCUGGCCCCUAACGACCCCCACCCUGCCCAAAUACUCGACGUCAUAUCCGGGCUCACCCGCUUGACCUCGAAAACCCCUCUCCCCAGAAUCGAGACCUCGGAGCACCCCCUUUGGGAUCGACAACGCUUGAUCCUCCUCGGACACUCGGCAGGCGCGUUCAUGAUCGUCGAAGUGCUGCUCUCCCCACCGUCGUUGAUGCCGUCCGACUCGCCCUCAUUCGUCGUCGACCCGAGUCUUCGAAGGGCAAUCAAGGGCGCCAUCUUCCUAGAUGGUAUCUACGACAUUCCCGACUUGAUCCGAGAAUACCCCGACUAUGUCGGCUUCGUCGAAAUGGCGUUCGGAAAAGAUCCUCAAGUCUGGGCUAAGGAAUCACCGGCGAAGUGGGAAAUCCCGAGUGAAGAACUGGGAGCGCUCAAGGCCAAGUUGUUGGUCCUUCAUUCGGCGCAGGACGAGUUGUUGAGCUUGGUGCAGCCUCGAUUGUUCGUCCAGGCGUUGGAAAAGUUGGGGAUCGAACAGGGCAAGCAACUGGAGGUCGAUUACGAGACCAUCACCGGGGGUCAUGAUGAGGCGCUCAAGAACAAUGACUCGGCGUUGCUGGGGACGCUCAAGAAGUGGAUUGAUCGCUUAUGA